UUUGCUGAAGCUUUAAGAGAUCUAAAAAUACAAUGGAUGACCAAGCUGGAUACCACUGACUUGUAUAAUGAGUUGAAAGAAGCAUUUCCUAAUCAUCUUCCAUUGUACGUUGCAAGACUUCAUCAGCUGGAUUCUGAAAAGGAACGAAUGAAAAGACUUGAUGAAAUUGUUGAAGCUGCAAAUACUGUAAUCUCUCAUAUUGAUCAGACAGCAUUAGCAGUAUAUUUUGCUAUGAAGACUGAUCCCAGGCCUGAUGCAACUACUAUAAAAAAUGAAAUGGAAAAACAGAAGACUACUUUGGUGGAUGCACUUUGUCGAAAAGGAAGUGCACUGGCUGACCAACUUCUUCAUCUGCAGGCCCAAGAAGGGGCUGCUUCCAGUGAUGCAGAAGGCAAAGAUGAGGAUCAUGAGACCUUCUCAGAAGCUUUGACAGAGACGUUCUGGGAAACAACAAAAUGGACUGAUCUUUUUGACAGCAAGGUUUUGACUUUUGCCUAUAAGCACGCAUUGGUAAAUAAAAUGUAUGGGAGAGGCCUCAAGUUUGCCACAAAACUUGCAGAAGAGAAGCCAACAAAAGACAACUUGAAAAACUGCAUUCAGCUAAUGAAGUUGCUUGGAUGGACUCAUUGUGCAACUUUUACUGAAAAUUGGCUUCCUGUCAUGUAUCCACCUGAUUAUUGUGUAUUCUAGAAAACCAACAAUUGUAAACUUCAAAUGAUUUUUUUUUUAUGGGGCAGGAUAGGAAAAGAUAAGUUUGACUUUUUAUUGGAACGCAUGUUUUCAUUACUGAAUGCUGAUUAUUAAAUUGUGUGUAUUUAUCAGUAAAGGCACCUGGGUACAGCUUAAUACCUGUUAACCAAACUCCUGUCAUUGGAGAGUUUCCUUAUUGUGCAUCCCAUUGCUGGCAAUGGAUGUGCCAGAACUGCCAACACCAAGGAUUUGGAAUUAGGCUGGAGAGGCUUACUGCAUGCAUGUUAGGUUCUUAACUGUUAUUUUUAACUGCAAACCUGUAAAAGCUCUGUAUUUUUUACAGUAAACUGAAUUUUAACAUGUUU